AUGGAUUAUAUGCACGUCGGAGAAUUAGAUAUUGACGACAACGAACCACCGAACUGGGAGCGUGAACGUCUUUGGGACAAUAUGCCAGGGCCACCGUUUCCGUCUGACAAGACUUGGGCGCCACCAGCUACACUCAACUCAGCCCAUGGCAGUCAAGCAUCACCUCCCAGUGGGUUGACGACGAGUGGUACCAACAAUGACCGAAUCUCAUACUCGGGAGCCUCGUCAUGUGAGGGAUCAUGGGCAAGCAGCACCACAGAUCAUGACCAGGCCGAGAGAGAUUUGAACUGGGAUGAGUGGGAGGAAGGGUCCGAUUCGGCACCGAUCAAACCAAAGAACGAGCCUGUGGAUGACGAAGAUAUUACCAUGUCCGAGGUCAAAAUUCCCACAUUAGCGUCUCCAGAAAAGAGCAUCGUUGCACCUGGCCAAAAGAGAGGUCGAGGAAGACCUAGGAAGAACCCAAUUCCAGCACCUACAAAUGGCACCAAAGUGACCAAGGGCCGCUCCAAGACUGGCUGCAUUACGUGCCGCAAGAGAAAGAAGAAGUGUGACGAAGCUAAACCCGGGUGCAUGAAUUGCGAGAAGAACUCUGUGUUGUGUGAAGGUUAUAAUGAGAAGCAAAUAUGGAAGAGUGGCAAGGACCGUGACCAAGUCCUACCAGGACGCACUAAUCGAGAAGCGUUCCCAAGCGUUACGCUUCCGACUCUUGUCCAAGGCUUGGAUACUCCUGAGGACAAGUUUUUUUUGCGACAUUACAUCAACCGUCUGAGCAACGUGCUGACGGUUGAACCAAAGUCUCACAACGCAUUCAAGGAUAUUCUUCUCACACUCGCUACCAGUCAGCCAGGGCUUUUGCACUCCAUUUUGUCCAUCAGCAGCCUCCACAUUGACCUGGAUACACCUUAUGGGGAAGGGAUCUUGCAAAUAAAUCCUGCGGUCACGAAAGAGUCACUGCGACAGCGUUCCAAUUACCACACUACGGAAGCGCGGAACUAUCUAUACGGAGCCUUCGAGAAGUCCGAGCUUUUGGACAAAGAUAGCUCUGAGUAUCACCUCGUUUUGGCGGCUCUUUAUGGCCAAAUGUUAUGCUUGGUGGUGCGGACUUUGAUAGAAGGCAACCCAAGAGGUGAACACCGCGUGCAUCUGAAAGCUUAUCAGAAAUUGAUACGCGAAUCGCCACCAGAAAGCACGCAACUCCAUACGUUUAUUACUGAAUUUUUUCAGUAUCAUAUCUGUGCCGACGAUCUCCUCUGGCAUCCAGAGACCGACUCGACGCGCCUAUCUCUUGAAGAGACCGGCAGCACUCCGCAUGACCACACAUCGCGCCUUGUCGGCGUCACUGAUGGGCUCUUUUGCCACUUGCGCGACAUUACAACUCUGCGAAACGAAAUCAGAAGCAGGCUGGCGGGGGCAAAGGAUCAACCGGCCGUGAGCUACGCUGAGAUUUUCAAAGCCAACGACAUCACAAUGGCACUCCAAUCUUGGUCUCCUAAUUGGCCAAGAAGCGACAACAGAGUCAGGGUCGGCGAGCUAUACAAACUGACGUUAUGGAUCUACAGUUUCCGCACGAUUUAUCCGCCGGCGGCAAGCAAUGCCGACUUCCUCUUGGGAGGCUCCUCUUUGUUAUCGUAUAUGCAGGAGAGGCGGUCGUCAGUUGCGUCCUCUGGCCAGCUGUCAAAUGGCUGCAGCGAGGAUAAGCACCCUUUCGAACAAAAAAUAUCAUGCUCUCCGAACUCAUCUCGAACCAGCUCGAUCCACGAGGAAGAUGGCCUCCCCACACCAGCUCCGACACACGGGACUAGCUCAAGCCGCCCGCCCUCGCCACCACCUUCACGUAGGCCCUCUCAAGACGACAAGCGAGUGACCACGUCGAUAUUAGAUGCGCUGAGCAUUCUCGAGACGUUUGAGCCCAACGACCAGUGUCAGACACUGCUCUUGAUUCCUUGCCUGCUCAUUGGCACAUCCUGCUUCGAUGCAGCCCUGCGUCCCCGGAUCCAGGCUGCGGUGCAAGCCGUUCGUGAGUACACUGGCUUGCGCAAUGCGGACCGGGUGCAAGAGGUUCUCAACGCGACGUGGGCACUCAUGGAUGCUGGUGAUUGGGUUGCGGUGUGGGAUUGGCAAACCGUUGCCCGACACAAAGGACUCGACUUUUGUACAUGA